AAAAAAAAAAAAAAAAAAAUAUUUAUUUUUUGAAAAAAAUAAAUAUUUUUCAGAAAAUACACACGAAAUCAAAUUUUUAUUUCAUAAACAUGUCCUCCUACCUAGUCACGUGCGGCUUUUCAUGUUAUUGCUGUUUCAAAGAUUGUAUUGGGCACUAGAGAACAAACCACAUAACAUAUGCGGUCCAAAAGCCCCCUCCCCCAAAAAUCUUCAAAUCCACCCCCAAUUUACAAUUUCAUUUUUACUUAACCUUGUUUGUUUAAUCAAUGCUUCAAAAUACUUUUCGCAGUAACACCACCACCGCCACCACCAUUGAGCAGCUGAAAAAUGAUAUCUUUCAUGCAACUACGAACCCCAAACACAAACCUUGCAUUUCUUUCAAGAACUUCCCCAAUACCCCUUUAUCGGAUUGAACUGUCGUUUCCUCAGAAGAUUUUCUUUUGCCAAGCGAAGUACGCUGAAUCUGAGAUAGACGGAUCUUUUAACGUAAGGGUGGUUUCCCCAACCCUUGUAGCUGCUGAAAAGGAAGAAGCAAAGGCUGUCUUGACCUUGUUUCUGAAGAAACAGGGUUUAAGCGCUGCUCUUGCAGCAAGAGCUAUCAACAGAUCAGAGUCUUUUAUCGAUCACCUAGUCUCGCGGCUGCAUUCUGUUCACAAGUCUCGCUACCUAGUAGGACGAGAACUAACAACUCUUGAGAUUAGGGAUGCUCUCACCCCAUACCUUGAGGCCCUCCAUGAGGAAUAUGGAAGCAUUCUGUUGGAUGUUGUGGAGAGCUUUCCAAACCCACCCGUUGUGGAUAAAAUAGAAGAAACUGUUGAAAAAGUGCCCCUUCCUGUCACACCAGCUUCACCUCCUAGUGCUGUCCUUGAAUCCAAGAAGCUGAAGGCCCUGGCACGAGUGAGUGACAUUGGACCCACUGGGAAGCUUCCCCCACAUAUUUUAUACCUUGUUGAAUUGGGCAUGGACAUUGAAAAGAUUAGAGUAAUCACACGCAGGUUUCCCGCUUUUGCUUACUAUAGUCUUGAGGGAAAAAUCAAACCAGUAGUUGAGUUUCUUCUUGAUCUUGGAGUGCCAAGAUCACAGAUCCCAACCAUUCUAACCAAAAGGCCUCAACUAUGUGGAAUUAGUCUCUCAGAGAAUUUUAUUCCAACAAUGGCAUUUUUGGAAGAACUGGGCAUUGAUAAAGAACAGUGGGCUAAAGUAAUCUACCGUUUUCCUGCACUUCCCACUUACAGUCGACCUAAAUUGAAAGCAACAGUGGACUUUCUUUAUGAAAUGGGUCUAUCUUCUGAGAAUGUGAGCAAGGUUCUAACCAGAUAUCCAAACAUCAUAAGUUACAGCGUGGAAGACAAGCUAAGGCCUGCAACAAAGUACUUCCGUUCAUUGGGGGUUGAUGUUGGAGUUCUUCUCUACCGAUCUCCUCAAACUUUUGGUCUUAGCAUUGAGGCCAACCUUAAGCCUGUCACCGAGUUCUUCAAGGAUAAGGGAUUCAGUAUGAAUGAAGUUGCCAUAAUGGUGUCAAGAUACGGUGCUCUAUAUACUUUUAGCUUGGCUAAGUUUGUGCUGAAGUGGGAGUUCUUUUUGACCAUGGGUUAUCCGAGAUCAGAACUGGUCAAGUUUCCUCAGUAUUUUGGUUAUAGUUUGGAAGAGAGAAUCAAGCCAAGGUUUGCCAUUAUGACUGAUAAAGGUGUAAGGUUGUUACUGAACCAGAUGUUGUCACUGUCGCAUGAUUCUUUCGAUAAGGUUUUGGAGAAAAAAAUGCAGAAAUUGUUAGAUAAUUAGCCACUGGAGACGUCUCUGAUGGAAUUCACCAACUAUUAAAGGUCUGGAGAUUUUAAGAUUUCAUGUCCAUUGAGCCAAAAGUUAUGGUUUUCAGAUAUUGCUAGGUGAAGAUAGCAGUGACAAAGUUGUCUCAAUGGAUGCUAGAGGAAUCUUAUUAAGUCAGUAGACAUCUCAUGUGCCUGGUGUACAACUGUAUAGGCUAAAGUAAUCGAAAAUGUUGGUGGAAUAGCUUUUAGGCAAUGUAUUUUAUCUUGUAUUUCGUACUCGUUGUGUUUAUAGGCCUUUAGAAUAUGAUCCAAGUUUUGCUGACAGGAUUUAUUUGCAGUCGUCAAGGUUCUUUACAAAGUGAUUUCUCAGUCUUGGGAGAUCAACACACUGUUUGUGAGGACAUAUAGUUUUCAACAGGGUUCUUUGCAAGAGCUAUGUUUUCUUUUAUAAACUAGACAAUGAAACCCCUCUUAGUCAUUGAUUAGUUCAGGUUUUUUGUUUGGAGAAA